AUGGCUGUUAAUAUUCUUACUUCGUUUCUUCGUGAUGAUACACAUGUAGCAGAAGGUAGUGAAGAUGUUAGUUCGUUUUUUCGUGAUGAUACAAAUGCAACAGAAGGUGAUGAAGAUAUUAGUUCUUUUCUUCUGAAGGAUAUAAAUUUACCAGGAAAUAAUCAAAUAAUUUUUGCUAGCCAGCAAGGUCAACAACGAUCAUUUGAACAUCAUACUGAUAUAAUGGAAAAUGAAAAGCGUUCGAAUUUGUCAAAUGAUGUAUCUUCUGAAGAUAUGCCGACUCGUCCAAAAGAUCCAAAGGUUAUCCAACAUUUAACUCAAGCAACAAAUACGUCACUUAAUGAUAAAGGAAAUACAAUUUUUCAUCAAGAUACAUCACUGGUGGACAUUUUGAAUAUACUCAAUAUGAAUGAAGAUCAACUUAAAUUAUGUAAUAAAAAAUCAUCAACAGCUACUGCACGUUUAGUAAUAAAAUUUUUGUUUUCACAUCCUGAUUCUAACUUCAGUUAUGUGGAAGCCGAUAAAAUCGUUGUUGAUACAAUUAUUAAAUACACAAAGUUAUCAAAUCCUAAUGAUAAUAAAUCUAAUGCAGACGUUCGACGAGCAAUUAGUAAUUAUUUUUCGUGUUUAAAUUAUCAAAGAAAAAUAAGAAGAAAUCAUUAA